AUGGUAUCGAUUGACACUGUCGGGAGCCUUGAUGGAGGCAGAGUUAGCGGUGUAGGUCGUUCGAGGUUAGUGCAUUCAAAAGAUGUUGAUAAAGACCAGCCUGAUUCACUCCAGUCAAAGUUAUAUCAACCGGAAACUAAGCAACCAGUGACGACCACUGAUCAAAGCUCAAUUGCCGCAGACGUAGAGGCUGGACCUAAACUCCAAAGACGAUUUCUUAGUCGGUUUCUUUCAAAAAAGGUGCCUCCGGUGCCAUUGGAAGAUGAGCGACGGACAUUUCCUCGUCCAAUGACAUUGGUGUUGAGUUUUCUUUUUACCUGGCUUCUUCCAGUACUUAGAGUAGGCUACAAGAGAACUUUGGAGCCCAAUGAUUUGUUCAAGUUGAACGAAGAUGUUUGUGCAACGACGUUGGCUGCCAGAUUUGAGAAGGUGUUUACUCGCAGGUUGGAGGAGGAUAAGCAGAAACAUAUCGAGAGGAAGAAAAGAGUAAUACAAGAUAGAAAGGAGGGAAGCAAAAUAUCAAAGACGGAGGAGCUGAAAGAAAUUUAUUGGGAAAGUAAAGGAAAGGAGGAAAACACAAACGAAGGUGACAUGGCUCAUCAAGGAUAUCAACAUGUUGAGUCAGAAUUGGACGACUACGUUCCAGCUUCAACGCUUUGCGUGUACUCAGUUCUAGAGGCUUUCAGGUGGCAGUAUUUCACAGCAUGCUUUUACAUGGCAACAGGAAUGACGACCGUGGCAUGUAAUCCAUUAUUGUCUCGGGAAUUGAUCAAAUUCGUCCUGAAGAGAGCAUUGGGCCUACCCGAACCAACAGGGAAAGGGGUGGGAUACGCCAUUGGGUUAAUGCUCACCAUUCUAGUGGGGAACAUGUUUGUCAACAAGGGUUUCUUCCUUUCAACGUUCACGGGCGCUGAGUUAAAGGGUUUACUCACGAAGCUUAUGUUGGACAAAUCAUUUCGUCUCAGUGAGAAAUCAAGAAAGAAGUUUCCUCCGUCUAUGAUCACUUCCAUUAUGAGUACCGAUAUUUCUCGAGUUGACAUUGGUGUCGGGUUUUCACCUUGGCUUUUUAUUUGGCCGUUCCCAGCCGCCAUUUCAAUUGCUUUGUUGGUGAAGAACAUUAAAGCCCCUGCGUUGGCUGGCUUGGGAGUCAUGUUCUUAUAUGUGAUGUUGGUGGCAGCACUUGGAACUUUGCUUUUCGGGUACAGAUUCAGGGCCAUAAAGUUCACCGAUAUCCGGGUGGGAUACAUGAAAGAAAUCCUCAGCAACUUGAAGAUGAUCAAGUUCUACUCAUGGGAAACCCCUUACUUUAAUUUAAUUCUGGAGACAAGGAUCACUGAGAUGUCGUUUAUAUUGAAGAUGGAGAUUACUAGAAGUAUUAUCAUUGCUGCCGCCUCCUCCUUACCAUUGUUGUCAUCAUUCACAGCAUUUAUGGUUCUUUAUGCUGCCUCAGAUGCGUCCGAAAGGAAUGCGGCCACUAUCUUCCCUUCUUUGACGUUGUUCGGUGUUCUUGCUGCUGUUUUCGUCAUGUUGCCUUUCUCUAUUGCCAAUGGUACGGACGCCUUCAUCGGAAUGAAAAGAGUGGGUGAUUUCCUCGCAGCUGAAGAAAUAGUUUAUGAUCCUGAAAGAGAUUUGACGCCAGAUCAGGCUACGGUAUUGAAAGAGAAAAAGGUGGCCAUUGAUGUCAGCAAUGGAAAUUUUGAAUGGACUUUAGUUGAGCUGGAUGAGGAGAAAAGCGAUGAACCUGAAAAUAAAGAGGUGAACGUUGAUUGUGAAGAAAUUUCAAGUAAAGAUUCGGAUAGAGGUAACUCAACAACCGAGAAAAGAACAUUCCAAUUGAAACAAAUGAACUUUUCUAUUAGAACAGGAGAAUUUGUGGUUAUCACCGGUCAAAUUGGCUCUGGAAAGUCGUCUGUUCUUCAGGCACUUAACGGCAGAAUGAAGAGAAAUUCCGGACACAUUCAAAUGAACGGCUCAGUCUUGAUGUGCGGGACACCGUGGCUACAGAAUACUACUCUCAGAAACAAUAUCACUUUUGGGCUCCCUUUUGAAGAAAAUCGCUACAGGAAUGUCAUUGAAGCUUGUGCUUUGCAGAGUGAUCUUGAUAUCUUGCCAGGUAGAGAUCAGACAGAAAUCGGUGAAAGAGGCAUCACAUUGUCUGGAGGUCAAAAAGCCAGAGUUAGUUUGGCCAGAGCUGUAUAUUCUCACCCGGAUAUCAUACUUCUUGAUGAUGUUCUUAGUGCUGUGGACUCCAAGGUCGGAAAAACCAUCAUGGACGACUGUAUUUUGGGUAUGUUGAAAACCACGACUAGAGUAUUGGCUACACACCAACUUUCACUCAUAGGAUCUGCAGACCGGGUGAUUUUUUUGAACGGGGAUGGAACCAUGGUUAUUGGGACCUUAGAUGAAAUGCUUAAAAAAAGCACGGACUUUAAGCUUUUGAUGGAACAUAGCCAAACAGAGGCGAAGGAGGAAAAAGACUCCAUAGCCCCCGGAGUUUCUCAAGACGAGAAAGUAGAAUUAAAGAACUGUGAAGUCGAAAAUAUUGAUAAAGUCGAUGGAAAGCUAGUUUCUGAGGAAUCCAAGUCAGUUAAUGCUAUCGGAUGGUCGGUUUAUCGGCGAUAUUUUGCGGCUGGUGCUCAAGGUUUCACUUGCAACUGGGUUAUUCCACUAAUUUUAUUCUUCAGCGUAUGUGCUAUAUUCCUCACCUUGUUUGCCAAUGUUUGGCUUUCAUUUUGGGUUGAAUAUAGAUUCAAGAACCGGAGCAACGAUUUUUACAUUGGGCUAUACACGUUGUUCAUAUUCGGUGGAGUGUUGGGAUUGUGCCUCCAUUUCGCUGGCAUAAUCUCUCUUUUGAACCGAUCUUCAAGAAUUUUGAACCUCAAGGCAGUCAAGAACAUUCUCCAUGUACCCAUGUGGUAUAUGGAUACAACUCCGAUGGGAAGAAUCAUCAACAGAUUCACCAAGGAUACAGACGUGUUAGACAACGAAAUGUGCGAUAAAGUCGCUAUGAUUGCCAGUUACUUUGGAUUAAUUAUGGGUGUCAUCAUCCUCUCUAUUAUCUAUCUUCCAUGGUUUGCUAUUGCGGUUCCUGUUCUAUUCCUUGUUUUCUUCAUCUCUGGAGAGUUUUAUCAAGCCUCAGGGAGAGAAGUGAAAAGGGUGGAGGCCUUACAGAGAUCAUUUGUCUACAGCAACUUCACCGAAACUUUAACUGGUUUAGAGACUAUCAAGGAUUAUAAAUCCGAAGAUGCGUUUCUUUCGAAAAAUGUUCGCUAUGUGGAUCGUAUGAAUGAGGCAUACUACGUUACAGUAGCCAACCAAAGAUGGUUUGACGUUGUGCUUUCAUUUUUGACUGGUGCAUUUGCGCUUGCAAUCUCACUUCUAUGUGUUUUCAGAGUAUUCAAUAUUGGACCAGCAUCUGCUGGUCUACUCUUGUCUUACGUUCUUCAAAUGUCAAGUGCUAUCUCGACUGCUGUGGUGAUGUACACCCAGGUUGAGCAAGAUAUGAAUUCAACAGAGAGAAUUAUGGACUAUGCUUAUGACCUCCCGAAAGAGGCGGCGUUUGUCAAGUCAGAAACUGCCCCAGCACCAGAUUGGCCGCAACAGGGCCAAAUCGAGUUCGAAGAUGUCACCUUAAGCUACAGACCUGGACUUCCUCCUGCCCUCAAGCAUUUUUCAGCCAAAAUUAAGCCUUACGAAAAAGUGGGAAUAUGUGGACGAACGGGGGCAGGAAAAUCGUCCAUAAUGGUGUGUUUAUACCGUCUAGUAGAAUUGACCCAUGGAAAAAUUUCAAUUGACGGUUUGGAUGUGAGCCAACUUGGAUUACACGAUUUGCGACUGAAACUUUCCAUCAUUCCUCAAGACCCAGUGCUCUUCCGUGGAACCAUUCGAAGCAAUCUAGACCCAUUCAAAAGCAAAACAGAUGAGCAAUUAUGGAGGAUUCUACUUCGUGCCCGAAUAAUCGAUACGGCCGAAUUCGAAGAGGUCAGGGCCCAGAAUGGCACUAGUGAGCAUAUGCACAAGUUCCACCUUGAUCUGCACGUUGAGGAUGAAGGCGCAAAUUUCUCGCUUGGUGAAAGGCAAUGUGUUGCAUUCGCCAGAGCACUUGUGAGAGGGUCCAAGAUUUUAAUUAUGGACGAAGCAACUUCUAGUGUGGAUUACGCUACCGACAGUAAGCUCCAAACGGCCAUUGUGGAGGAAUUCAGUGAAUGUACCAUACUUUGUGUGGCGCACCGACUCAAAACCAUUCUUGAAUAUGACCGAAUUUUGGUUUUGGACCACGGGACUGUUGAGCAAUUCGACACCCCUUGGAAAUUUAAUAUUCCGGUCCAUAAUUUGGGUCUGUCAAGCACGGAGUUCACCAACAACGACGAAGAUGAGGUCAUUGUAGGUCUCCCCAUGGCUGAUGAGAAAAGCAAACCGUUGGAGAGAUCUGCCCUGUACUCUCAAAUUCCUGAUGGCGGUUACGGGUGGCUUAUUGUAUUCGCUUGUUUUCUCAUGAAUUUCAAUACGUGGGGUGCAAACUCGGGCUUUGCCAUUUACUUGUCUUACUACUUGAAUAACGGUACUUUCGCCGGUGCAGACAAAUAUGACUAUGCUUUGAUUGGAGGCUUGACGUUUGGUGUGGGAUUAGCGUUUGCUCCAGCCAUCAACUUCAUUCAGGGUAAAAUCGGGUUGCGUCCCACCAUCAUCUUGGGCAAUUGCUUUCAAUUUGCAGCGUUGAUGAUGGCCUCAUUUGCUAAACAUUUGUGGCAGCUCUAUCUCACACAGGGUCUUCUCCAGGCUUUUGGCCUUGCAUUCAUCACGCUUCCUGCCAUUUCUAUUUUGCCCCAAUGGUUCAAAAACAGAAGAACCCUCGCUUCUUCCAUAUCAGCCGCUGGUUCAGGAUGUGGAGGGUUGGUGUAUAAUUUAGGUAUGCAAAAGGUGUUGGAGGCCAAGUCGGUGUUUUGGGCUUUGCGUGUCCAGUCCAUUAUGUGUUUUGGGCUUACAUGGAUAUCUAUUUUUCUUAUUAGGACUCGAAUGGAGACCAAGUUUGCUUUAUAUGACUCGGAAGUUACGCGCAGUGUUGGUUUCUGGAUCUUCUGCUUUUACCUCAUUUUCUGCAUGUUAGGCUAUGUGAUUGUGUUGUACGGUAUGGCGAACUUUACCACGUCCUUGGGUUAUUCUCCAUACCAAGGUUCUAUUGCUUCUGCUAUGGUCCAGGUUGGUUCCGUGCUUGGAAGACCCAUUGUUGGGCAGCUUUCUGACAAGUUUGGCGUGAUGAACAUAGGUGUCGGCGUGUACGCUCUAUGUGGCGUAUUUGCGAUUGCCAUGUGGAUCCCUGCCAGAAACUUUGCUACUGUGAUUGCCUUUUGUUUGAUUAUGGGGAGUAUGAUGGGCAGUGUGUUUGCAACAACGCCCCCAAUUUUGGCAAGACUUGUUGGAUUACGUAAAGUGGGUGUUGGUGUAUGUCUUUCGUGGCCAUUUUUGGGUUUGGCCGGUAUUGCUUCACCUGUGAUUGGACUUGCAUUGAAAUCGGGAAACCAUGGUUUCGUGGAUCCAAAACAGUACGUGAACUCCUCAAUUUUUGCAGGAGUGGCAUUUUUUUGCUGUAGUGCCACCCUUUUGGUUCUCCGAGGCUACUUGAUUGCAAGAACAGAUUUGGCUGACACCGAUGCUGACCAUGGUCAUCUCCAUCUCACCGUCCCAGUCCUUGCUCCAUUUCAACACUGCUUCCGGCCAAUCAACUUUUAA